GGUGGAGGCCUAUGAAUGACACGCAUAAGUCGGAUCUAUCUCCACCAAACACCAACAUACUUGGGAUUCAAUCUUCAUUUCAUCUACUAGCCACUGGUUCCUCCAAAUCCGUGGGAAAAAAACUCACUACCCAAAAUCUCUAAAUCCAUCAAGAAAAUGUCAGGUAGAUACGCAUCAUCACCUCGCCUUCCAUUGAAGACUAGGCUCGGCCUCGCCACAUUCUCCUUCGCUGCGAGCACCGCUCGUCGCUCCAAUUUCACCAUCAACCGCAAUUUUAUGAAGAUCUUUGAUCCUAAAGCUCCCUCUUCUGCAAAACCCAUCAAUGGUGUCUCCUCUUUUGACAUCACCAUAGACCCCAGCAACAAUCUCUGGUUCCGUCUCUACAUUCCCACCACUACCUCCUCCUCCUCUAGAUAUGUUGAAGCUAGUUUGCCUGUGAUUGUCUACUUCCACGGUGGUGGGUUCUGUUUCUUGGCUGCUAACUCAAAACAGUUCGAUCAUUUUUGCCGGAGACUCGCCCGUGAAGUUCCUGCAGUUGUGAUCUCCGUCAACUAUCGUCUAGCACCAGAGUACAAGUACCCGUGUCAGUUCGAGGAUGGUUUCGACGCAUUAAAGUUCAUAGACGGCAUGAACUUUGAGAAUUUCUCAGCGAAAGUGGAUCUUGAAUGGUGCUUUGUAGCCGGUGACAGUGCCGGAGGGAACAUAGCUCAUCAUGUAGUGCUCCAAGCUGGUGAAUAUCGGUUCUCCAACAUGGACGUAAUUGGACUCAUAACAAUUCAACCAUUUUUUGGAGGAGAAGGAAGAACAGAAUCUGAAAUCAGGCUCUCAGGAGUUCCAGGACUAUCGAUAGAGCGUUCAGAUUGGUAUUGGAAGGCUUUUUUGCCGGAAGGAGCAGACAGGAACCACCCGGUGGUUAAUGUUUUUGGGCCAAACGCAGUGGAUAUUUCCGGUGUGCAUUUUCCGGCGACACUUGUUGUUAUUGGAGGGUUUGAUAUAUUACAGGAUUGGCAAAUGAGGUACCACGAAGGGCUGAAGAAAUCAGGGAAAGAAGUGUACUUGGUUGAGUAUCCAAAUGUGAUUCAUGGGUUCUAUUCCGUGACUGAAUUGCCUGAAUCUGCUUUGUUGAUUAGUGAAGUGCGGAAAUUCAUCAGAAAGCAAACGUCUAAUUCAUAGCUUUGCUAAAUGUUGUUUCCAACUCUGGGAAAUCUCUCUUUCUCUCUCUCUCAUCUGAAGGAACCAAGCAGAGAAGAAAUGCUUCCUUCGGAUUGGGAGGUGAUGCUUCAUGUAUAUAUACAGCUUGAGCCUCUGAAAAGAAUUUAAGAUUAUGAUAGGUUGAGGUUAUUGUGAAAAUCUACUUCUACUCUGUGUUAUAUGUUGGCUUGAUAGAGGAAUCUUGUUUCCAAACAUUUCAAGUUGGGUCUUGUGAAGAUUUAUUACUCCCUAAAGUUUGUUCCUUUGAAUCUUUAUUUAAAAAUGUAUGUGGAUGUUGCCUGUUAGAACUUAAUUCUCUAGGCCUUUACCAUGCCUUUUGUAUAAUCUUUUCUAUGCAAUGAUAUUAUGUUUCACAAAA